GGUGUUCAUGAAACCUUUCCCCUCUCCCCACCCCCACUCAGCCCGGGCCCCCAACCCGAGGAGACAGCAGAACCCAGAAAAGAAGCCUGUGGACAGAAGAACCAUGUCCGACUCCCUGGUGGUGUGCGAGGUGGACCCGGAGCUGAAGGAAAAGCUGCGGAAAUUCCGCUUCCGAAAAGAGACGGACAAUGCGGCCAUAAUAAUGAAGGUGGACAGAGAGCGGCAGAUGGUGGUGCUGGAGGAGGAAUUCCAGAACAUUUCUCCAGAGGAACUGAAAUCAGAAUUGCCAGAAAGACAGCCCAGGUUUGUGGUUUACAGCUACAAGUAUGAGCACGAGGAUGGCCGGGUGUCCUACCCCCUGUGCUUCAUCUUCUCCAGCCCUGUGGGCUGCAAACCUGAGCAGCAAAUGAUGUACGCUGGGAGCAAGAACCGGCUGGUGCAGACGGCGGAACUCACAAAGGUGUUCGAAAUCCGCACCACCGACGACCUCACAGAAGCCUGGCUCCAAGAGAAGCUGUCUUUCUUUCGUUGACUUCUGAGCUGGAACCGGAAUUCCCGAUGUCUGAGUCCUGAAAGGAACUGUGGCUUCAGACCCCUAGGAUCUGCACUUCAGAGUGACGCUGUAGAAAUUAAAACGCCAG